AUGUAUUUGACUAAGCAUUUAUUGACUAAGCAUUUUCUGGAUUACUUCAAAGUAGCACUACCUGGAGAUUAUUUGGAAGAGGAGAAGGAAGAUGAUGAUGAUGACGAUGAUGAAAAAACCACUAAUGUUGAAAAACGUCCUGGUCUCUCUAUCUCUUCUGUAGCAAAUGAGGAUGCAAAUGCUAAGCAGCAGUGUAAGCCAACAGAAGUAUCUCCAUGUGAAAAUCAGGAUGGGAAUUCAAAGAUGUCACCAUUUAGAAGUAGAUGUGUAUUCACAAAGAGGUUGAGAAACUCUUCCCCAGUGAAACUUGAAAUAAACCUUCAAGAAUCUGAUGAUGAAUGUGAUCUUGUCAUUGAUGUGCCACCACAAGCUGUUAGUAAAAAACCAAGAAUAAGUAGGAACUGUACAAACAGGAACAGGGACAAAGAACUGGCUGCUGUAAUAUGUGCAGAAAAAUUACAUGCUAAUCCUAUAGCAGACAUUCUUGGGUGUCCAGAAGAAAAAUCAGAGAAAAUGAUCGCUUUGCAGGAGAAUGGCAAAAGUUUAAAUAAAUCUGAAAAACUAGAUAAUGUUUCUCCAAAAGCAAAUGAGACUUAUUUGCCUGAUGUAAACACUGAUAUAUUGAAGCUUUUGGAGGAAAGAGACGCCCUUGCUUAUGCUGAGGAGAAAUGUAUACCUUCAGCUGUUUCUAUUGAGGCAGACAUGCAGAAGGGAAUUUUGAAGCAAGGGAAUGCAGAAACCAAUAUAGCGCUUGAAGCAUUUGUUCAGGAGCAUACUACCAAUGAACACUGUGUGAGCAGCAGAAGAGUAACACAAUCUGUCUUGUCUACUGGUCACUCAUCAAAAAAUGAAACCACAAUUGAAAGACAUUACAAGGAAAUAAUUACAAAUAUAGAUGAAAGCCAGAGCAUAGAAGAAAAUGGGGGUAAUGAUAGCCCAGAAGAUACAUACCCAUAUCCAACUUAUUACUUAAACAAGAAAGAAAGUGAUGUAACUCUAGUGAGUUCAUCUGCUGAGGAAGCAGAACCCAGUGGGGAGGACACAGAGCUCUCUGAAUCAGAUGAUCCUUUAGAGGAGUGUCGGAGAAUUUUUUAUGAGUUUGAAAGAGAAGUACAAAAGAAGAACAGUGAAAAGCAGGCCCAUGGAGGAAAUGCAGAUCUCGAUUUAUUAGAAACCAAAGUAAAUGUUCCUGGACAAAAGAGAAGAAUUGCACACACGGCAAAAUUUGAUGUUUCUACUCAGAAAAGGCUUUCCAUUCCAGAAUCAGGAUCCAAAGUACCACUUGAGACAAGACAGCAAUAUGUUAAGUUUUUUUUUGCAGAAUGCUUCAAAAUUUGUAGCACAGUGGAUGAAGCUAUUGACAAGGCCCGGAUAGAAGAGCAAUCUGUUUAUGAUCGCUGUGGCAGUAAAAAAAUGUACCUGAAUUGUGCUGUGAAGACUCUCAAAAAGCUGAGAGAUCAUGGGCGACUUAGUAACAGCAGAUCUUCUAGUGGCACUGGUUCCAUAAAGUCAGAGGAAGAGAAAGUAUUUACAGGUCGUGCUCUAUAUGAACUUUUAAAAGAUUAUCUUCUGACUGAGGAACAAUUGAAUGAAAAUAACUUCCCUCGACCAAAUCCUGAAAAAAAUGGUAGUGCUAUACUUACUGGGGUUGUAAAAAAUGCUGGAUAUGAUGCUUUCAAAAAAGUGUGCUGUAGGUGUGGCGAAGUAUAUGCUGUUACUUCUUCAGGAGAACAUAGACGUAAAGAAGAAUGUAACUAUCAUUCUGGUAGAGUACUGGAACAAAAAGUUCCUGGUGGCAUGGAAAAACGCUAUAGCUGUUGUGAGAGAAUAGUUGGGUCUGCUGGAUGUCAGACUGCAAAGCUUCAUGUUCAUGAUGGAAGAAGGGAGAAAUUGGAAGGCUUCAUGAAGACAUUAAUUAAAUCACCGCCUUUUGAUGGAAACUAUGGUGUCUAUGCUCUGGACUGCGAGAGGUGUUACACAACCCAUGGCUUGGAACUAACUAGAGUGACAGUGGUCGAUGCUAAGCUACAGGUUGUCUAUGAUACGUUUGUUAAACCAGAUGGUAAAGUUGUAGACUACGAUAUAAGACUCUCUGGAGCAACAGAGGAUGAUCUGAAGAACACCACAAAAUCUCUUCGGGAUGUACAGGCAAUACUGCUAAGCUUGUUCAGUGCAGAUACAAUUUUAAUUGGACACAGCUUAGAAAAUGACUUAUUUGCUCUCAAGCUAAUUCAUGACACAGUAGUGGAUACAUCAAUAGUGUUUCCUCAUCGGCUAGGUUUGCCUCACAAAAGAGCACUUAGAAGUCUGAUGGCUGACUACCUCAGGAGAAUUUGUCAAGAUGAUGUUGGUGGUCAUAAUUCCAGGGAAGAUGCAAUUGCUUGUAUGGAACUAAUCCUUUGGAAGGUCAAGGAGGACAAUAAAAGGAGAAAAUGGUGA